AUGGAGGCCCCCGAAUGUGCUGGAAGCACCUGUCAGCGCACAGACUCGGCACGGCUGCAGAGCAAGGUGAGCGCCACCAGCCACGAGCGGGAGGGCGCUGCUCCCCUUCACAGCGGACCACGCAGGCUCCUCAGGAGCUGCCUUGGCCUGCUUUACGCCUCACACAGGCACGGGUCCUGGGCGCGGGUCCGACCUGCCCAGCAGGACCCAGCCAUUGAGAGCACCGGCGGGGCAGCCGAGGGUGUGUCCUCUCCCCCUGCCCUGCAGUGGGUGCCAAGGAGCAAGGGGCCUGGGGUGCUGUGCUUUCCGGAUGACAUCAUACUCCUUGCCUCCACACCUCGUCCCCGAUUUACUGGCCUGUCAUGCGGCGAGCAGAGCGAGCUUGGACUCGGUGGGGAGACUCUAAAGAACGAGGCUGGAGCGGGGAACACCCCCGGACAUGUGGAGACUUUUCCAAACUCUUCCCGCCCAUCCGGCCCCCACCCCCCACCCCCACCCCCGUCCUCUGGGGUUCUGUCCAGACACGGCGGGGUUUCCAGCGGCUUCACCUUCCCCGCUGCCUCGGACGGUCCCACUCGGCACUGUCCCGUGAACAGCCCCUCGUCCCCACCGCCAUCACGCCCAGCUCCACACCCCUCGUCCAGCCUCAGGGAUGACCCAGGACUGGGCUCCCCGCCUGCCCACCGCCCCAGCCGAGAGCUGCCUGUCCAGCCUACCCUGGCUCCCCCUUCAGACUGCGCAAAGGAGAGCGGGAUGGCUGUGCCCGGCGCGCCACGCUUCCUCCUGACCUUCGACUUGGACGAGACUAUCGUGGACGAAAACAGCGACGACUCCGUCGUGCGUGCCGCAGCGGGCCAACGGCUGCCUGAGAGCCUGCGUGCCACCUAGCGCGAGGGCUACUACAACGAGUGCAUGCAGCACGUCUUCCAGUACCUGGGCGAGCAGGGCGUGCGGCCGCGGGACUUGCACGCCAUCUACGAGGCCAUCCCCCUGUCGCCCGGCACGGGCGAGCUGCUGCAGUUUGUGGCCAAGCAGGGCGCCUGCUUUGAGGUUAUUCUCACCUUAGACGCCAACACCUUUGGCGUGGAGAGUGCGCUGCGCGCCGCCGGCCACCAUGGCCUGUUCCGCCAUAUCUUCAGCAACCCGUCGGGGUCCGACCCUUGGGGGCUGCUGGCGCUGCGGCCCUUCCACGCGCACAGCUGCGCUCGCUGCCCCGCCAACAUGUGCCAGCACAAGGUGCUCAGCGACUAUCUGCGCGAGCAGGCCCACGACGGCGUGCCCUUCGAGCGCCUUUUCUACGUGAGUGACGGCGCCAACGACUUCUGCCCCACGGGGCUGCUGGCAGGCGGCGACAUGGCCUUCCCGCGCCGCCACUACCCCAUGCACCGCCUUAUGCAGGAGGCGCAGAAGGCCGAGCCCAGCUCCUUCCGCGCCAGGGUGGUGCCCUGGGAAACCUCCACCGAAGUGCGCCUACACCUGCAUCAGGUGCUGAGGACGUGGCCUGCAGGGGCCACCCGGGCGGGGAGGGGGUGGGGCGGUGGGGGUCGGGAAAGAGAAAGCUAG